GGCCUAAUUGACCCAGUGACCCCGCGCCGGGGCCCGCCGGACCCCAUCGCAGUCGCAGGAAGAGGUGUCAAAUGAGCCGCGUGGUGCGGUAGAGUGGUGACCGCGGCGACAUGGCGGCCAGCUCCGAGCGGCGGCCGCGCCGCGGACCCGCGCCCAUCGCCUCCUUCGACCACGACGUCUCCGAGGAGUCGAGCCCGGAGACCAAGCAGGCGCUGCGGCUGCCGGAGAUCCGCGAGGACCUCGCCGCCAGCAGCGAGCAGCUCGCGCCGCCCGAGCAGCGCGCGCGUUCGCACUCCUCCCCCGCCGUGCACGCCGCACCCCCCGCGCCGCCCCCCGCCGCGCCCGCCGCCGGCCUGAGCACGCCCGCCGCGCCGCGCAUCGACAUCUCGCGUGCCUCCAGCUCCAGCCACCACGACUCCCGCGACAGCUCGCCCGAGCUGGCGCUCUUCGCCGGCGGCGACGACGCCAAGGCGCGGCUCGACCUCGGCUUCCGGGAGGACGGCGCCCUCGACCUCCGCUCCUCCACGGAGGAGCUCGCCUUCCUCGAGGGGGCGCCGGGUGGGGCCGACCCGCCCCGCGCCCCGUCCGUCGCCCCGCCCUCGCGCCGCCACUCGCGGAAGGACAGCCAGGGCUCGGAGGCGGCGCUGCUGGGAGUGACGGGCCGCCAGAGCCGCCUGUCGAGCGUCGGCUCGCAGUGCUCGGCGCAGUCGGCGCUGUCGGGCUUCAGCCACGCGAGCCGCAUGUCGGUCGGCCGGCUGUCGGUCGUGUCGGGCGUGUCGCGCUCGCCGUCGCCGCACAAGAUGCUCCUGGAGACGUCGUUCUGCGGCCCGAAACCGAUCGAGACCGACCCGGACGCGUGCGCCGCGGCCGUCGAGCGCCGCCUGCUCGAAAUCGCGAAGAUGUCGACGGAGACCGCGACGAUCGCGACGACGGCCCCGACGACGACCCCGACGACGAGCCCGGCGGCCGCGGCGGCGGUGGACGCGCGCGACCGGCGCGAAGUGCGCACGGAGGUGACGGUGGAGAGCGCGCGGCCGGCCGGCGCCCCGCGCACGUCCCCCGCCCCGCCGCCCUCGGCACCCGCCGCCGCCAACGUCGUCUCCCCCGCCAUCGCGCCCCUCGACGAGGACAAGCUCCUGAAGGAGGCCCGGAACCGGGCGAGGGCCGAGGAGCGCCGCGCGCGCCCGAAGGUGCGUCGGCAGCCUAGCGAGCCCGAGGUAUACAAGGCCGGGAACCGAUCGAAGGACGUGAUCAGAAUAAAACUGAAGCCGGACGACGAGUACGACGACGACGAGGACGCCGGCGAGCGCACGCCGGCGGCCGAGCCGGCGGAGGCGGCCUGCAAGCCCUCCACGCUAGAGCUGCGCGACGCGCCGCGCCGCGACGUGCAGCGCCUCGAAGCCCUCGGCCCGCACCCUACCCCGCCCCGCCCUUCACGCACGCCCUCCCCGCCCGGCGCCGCCGUGUCACGCAAGUCCUCUUUCUGCUCGCUCUUCAAGUCGCGGGAAACCAUCGCGUCGCCGGACUCCCCGUCCGACGUUCUCCGCCGGAAGAAGAGUCUCAACGAGGGCCGCUCGCGGAGCAAGAGCAGGGACCGGUCCGCGACGCCCACCUCCGCCGCCAAGAUCAGGGGCUCCGUGCUGUCGCUGUUCAAGACGCCGCGGCGGAGCACGGCGUCGCCGUCGCCGAGCUCGCGCGACGCGUCGCCGGUCGUGCAGCAGCACCGCCAGUUCCCGCAGACGCCGCCGGACCGCGCCCGCGCCGAGCGGCUCAAAUACUACGAGGACACGCGGGACGGCGUCAUCCACAUCCCGCUGCGCACGCCGCCCGACGAGCCCGGCCCCGCCCCGCGCCCCGCGCGCCCCGCCUCCGCACCGCAGCCGCGCGGGCCCCCCGAGCGCCCCGCCGACGUCGGCCCGGCCGAACCCGUCCGCCGGACCGUGCUACCGGACGGGAGCAUCAUCAUCCCGCUGCACUCGCCGACGGAGCGGACGCCCGCGGAGGUGGGCCGGCCGGAGUCGCCGAGGACGUCGGCGCCGCCCUCGGCCCCCGGCGGGGACGUCGACGCCUCUCCCGUCGUCCCGACCUCGAGGAGGAGUCCCGGGGACGACGAGCGCGCCUCGACCGCCGCCUCGAUCCCGUCGCCGGACGGCCGGCCGCCGGAGCCCGAGCCCCCCGAGCGGGCAAAGCGGCGGGAGCGGCUGGUCUUCACGACGCACGUGGGGAGCCGCGACGAGCAGGUCUUCAGCACCCAGUUCAGCAUCACCAAGACGCCGAGCGUCACGAGCGAGAUGUCGGAGUCGGCGCCGAGCUUCCCCGAGGCCGAGGAGCGGCCGAGCGAGCCCUCCCCGCCGGAAGGAGAGGGGGGCGCGGAGUCGGAGGGGGAGCGGGCGGAGCGCGGCGCGUCGCCGGCGGAGUCGUCGGGCUCGGAGGCGGGGUCGGGCGGCAGCGCGGCGGAGCGGCGCGGGCUCGUCGUGCAGGAGUCGUUCGAGGAGCUCCCGUACGUGCCUACGACGCUGCCGCUGGAGCGGUCGCUGGCGCUGCCUAUGGUGCCGGUGCGGGACCGGCCGGCCGCCGCGCCCCCGUCCGCCGCUGUGCGCCGGCCGCGCGCGCGCCCCGCGCCUCCCGCGCCGCUGUCCGCGCCCGCCGCGCCACCCACCGCACCGCCGCCGCCCGCGCCGCUCCGCAUCCGCCUGCCGCAGCGCACUCGCGCCUCCUCCACGGGCGGCGCGGUGACGCCGCGCUCCUCGCGCCCGCGCUCGCGUAGCGGCGGAGACGGCGUGGAGGUGCGCAAGGAGUGGAUCGACUUCUCGGAGCUGCCGGAGCAGCGCAAGCAGCCGAAGCGGAUAGAGACGGUGGGCGGCGCGGGGGCGGCGGGGGCGGUGCCGGGGGCGGCGGGGGCGGGGGCGGUGGUGUUCAGCUACGUGCCGCCGGAGCGCUGCCGCUGCGAGUGUCACACACAUGACGACGAGCGUCCCCUCCUGCACGAGGACAAGCGCAACAGCUCAUCGUCCCCGGAGUGCUCGGAGUCCGGCCACGACGCGCCCUUCACCGCCGACCUCGACCUGCGACACAGCCACGCCGACAUCGCGCCGCCGCAGUGACCGCAGCCGCGCCGCGACGAGUGGACUCUUUUGUACGACCAUAUUAUAAUAUUCUAAACGGAGUCGACGCGAUGUUAUCAUUUUUGAGAUGUAAAUUUACCCGUUAUCUGUACGAUAAAUGAAUUUAUACUGUCGUCUCUAUCCCGACGUCGAAGGAAACGACUUCUGAACGUGUACUGCCAUUCUGUCGAG